AUGGCGCGACAAGACGAUGGAGGCGACCUCAAGCGCGCCCUCAGCCAGGACGGUAUCGAGGAGACGGACCUCGCGGAGAAAGAGCAAGAUCAGUCAACACAAUAUCAAGAGGAGGCCCCGGAGACAAGGGGACUUGGGCGGAGCAAGAGCAGAACUAGCGCACGACUACGCAAGAUUGACUCGACGGCAACCUCUGCUACAGAGGCGAGUACCGCCGCAGUACAACCCAGUCUCUCCGGGCGAGAGAAAGCACCAUGGCAUUACAGAAUAAACCCCCUCCGGCGUGGGCCUAUUCCGCCGGUCCCAGAGGAGCGGCCUGUGAGCCGAGAAUAUACUGCCGGGUUUCUCAGUUUGUUGACCUUCCAGUGGAUGAACCCAUUGAUGAAGACCGGAUACAAGCGUCCGAUUGAGUUGAAUGAUAUCUGGCUGGUCAACCCCGACCGAAGCGCGGCAACAAUGAUGGAUCACCUGAUACCCUCUUUCAAGCGCCGGGUGGCUCGAGGAGAGCGCAAUCCACUCAUGUGGGCACUAUUCGACACGUUCCGGGGGGAGUUUUUGCUCGGCGGGAUGUGUGCCUUCUUUUCCGCCAUGUUCCAGGUCUUCUCACCUUUUACCACUCGAUAUCUCAUUCAGUUUGCUACUGAUGCAUGGAUUGCAGACAAAACCGGCGCCAAAGCGCCUAAUAUUGGCCAUGGCAUUGGUCUUGUCAUCGGCAUCACAUUCAUGCAGAUGUGUCAAUCUAUGUCUACGAAUCACUUCCUGUACCGUGGCAUGGUCGUUGGAGGCGAGACCCGAGCAGUCCUGAUCAACGCCAUCUUUGAGAAGGCACUCGUGGUCUCUGGAAGAGCGAAAGCUGGUGGGAAGGCGCCGAAAGACGAGCAAACCUUGGAGGAAGUUGUUGAGGUGGAGGAUGAGAAGCGCAGCGAGAAGGCCAAGGACAGGCCAUUUCUUGCUCGCUCCAUAUCGAAGCGACUUCAUCCCAAAGGCGGACCGAAGGUUACACCCGACAAGACCCUCGGGGUUUCGGGUGAUGGCACUGGGUGGAGUAAUGGCAAGAUUGUCAACCUGAUGAGCGUUGACACCUAUCGUGUUGAUCAGGCUUCGGGCAUGUUCCAUAUAAUGUGGACUGCGCCUCUCCAAGUCAUCGUGGUGUUGAUUGUGCUUUGCGUCAACCUGGGGUAUAGCGCUCUCGCAGGAUAUGCUUUGCUGAUAAUUGCGUUACCCCUCCUCACCAUCGCUAUCAAAUCGCUCUUUACUCGGAGGAAGCGGAUCAACAAGGACACUGACCAACGCGUGACCCUUACCCAGGAAAUCUUGAGCUCUGUCCGGUUCGUCAAGUUCUUUGGAUGGGAGACUAGCUUUCUGGAACGUCUCAAGGAACUUCGAAAGAGAGAGAUUCGGGCUAUUCAGGUUCUCUUAGCCAUCCGCAACGCGAUCAACGCCCUGGCCAUGUCAAUGCCCGUAUUCGCGGCCAUGCUUGCUUUCAUCACUUAUUCGCUAUCCGACCAUGGUCUGGCUCCCGCUCGAGUGUUUUCCUCCCUGGCUCUCUUCAAUUCUUUGCGCAUGCCGCUUAACUUGCUUCCCUUGGUCCUCGGCCAAGUGACUGACGCACAGACUGCUCUUCAUCGCAUGCAGGAGUUCCUUCUGAGUGAAGAACAAAAAGAUGAGGUGACUUGGGAUGAAAGCAUGGCAGAUGGAGUCGAAGUCCAACAUGCAUCCUUCACUUGGGAGCGUACUUCAACUCAAGACAAGGACAGUCCUGCGGCUUUCCAGACCAAAGCCGAACUCAUGGCUGCAAAGAGGGCCGACAAGGAGAAGCAAAAGGAGCAAAAGAAAGCCGAUAAGGCAGCCAAAAAGAACGGUCCACUGCCCACAGAUUCGAAUGAUGAUGUUUCCAGUGACAUUACAGAAACCGAACCGUUCAAGUUACACGACGUAAACUUCACGGUGGGCCGACACGAACUGCUGGCUGUGAUCGGAUCGGUCGGAUCGGGCAAAACGUCUCUGUUGGCCGCAUUGGCUGGCGAUAUGCGGAAAACGAGUGGCAAGCUAAAGAUGGCAUCCUCACGCGCCUUUUGUCCCCAGUACGCCUGGAUUCAGAACGCAACAUUGAGGGAGAAUAUUGUGUUCGGCAAGCCGUACAAAUCCAAAUGGUAUCGCGAUGUUGUUGAGGCCUGCGCCUUGCAGCCUGACCUUGAUAUCCUUCCGGCUGGUGACCGAACAGAGAUAGGCGAGCGAGGGAUCACUCUUUCGGGCGGUCAGAAACAGAGAUUGAACAUUGCUCGUGCGAUCUACUUCGAUGCCGACAUUGUGCUCAUGGAUGAUCCCUUAUCGGCGGUCGAUGCCCACGUUGGUCGUCACAUCAUGGACAAAGCAAUCUGUGGACUCAUGAAGGACAAAUGCCGGAUCCUCGCCACUCAUCAGCUUCACGUCCUCUCCCGGUGCGAUCGCAUCAUCUGGAUGGAAGACGGUCAUAUCCAAGCAAUCGACACGUUCGAUAAUCUAAUUAAUCAUAGCGUCGACUUUCAAAAGCUCAUGGCCACCACUGCACAAGAGCACACUCCGCUGGCUAAGAUUGAGGACGCCGAGGACGCCGAGGACGCCGAGGAAAAGCCCGAGAAGAAGACCAGGGCAAAGCCGGCUGGAUUGAUGCAACAGGAGGAACGAGCUGUCAAAUCUGUGGGUUGGGCGGUUUGGCGGGCUUACUUUGCAGCAUCCGGGUCGCCCAUACUCUGGCCCCUCAUUUUCCUUUCUCUCAUUCUAUCCCAGGGAGCCAACAUUGUGACCAGCCUUUGGCUCAGCUGGUGGACGAGUGACAAAUUCGGGCUCUCCGAAGGUUCGUACAUCGCCGCGUACGCCUGCCUGGGCCUCUCACAAUCACUGUUAAUGUUCACUUUUUCCACAAUUCUGUCGAUCAGCGGGACCAACGCCAGCAGAGUCCUGCUACAAAGGGCCAUGACACGGGUUCUACGCGCACCCAUGUCGUUUUUCGAUACCACCCCUUUGGGCAGAAUCACCAACCGGUUCUCCAAGGAUGUGGACUCGAUGGACAACAAUCUGACAGAUGCUAUGAGGAUGUACUUCCUCACACUGGCCAUGAUCACCUCAGUCUUUGCCCUCAUCAUCGCAUAUUUCCACUACUUUGCAGUUGCGCUCGGUCCGCUUUUUGUUCUGUUUGUAUUUGCUGCGAGCUACUACCGAUCAUCAGCACGGGAGAUCAAAAGACACGAAGCGGUUCUCAGAUCCACGGUUUUCGCACGAUUUUCGGAAUCCAUCAACGGCGUGGCAUCUAUUCGCGCAUAUGGGUUGCAGAAGUACUUUGUAUCACGCGUUAGGGAUGCGAUUGACCAAAUGGAUUCUGCCUAUUUCUUGACAUUUGCCAACCAACGGUGGCUUUCCACACGUCUUGAUGCUAUCGGCAAUCUGUUGGUCUUUGUGACGGGCAUAUUGGUCGUGACGGACCGAUUCAACGUCAACCCUAGCACGGCGGGGUUGGUCUUGUCAUACAUUUUAGCUAUCGUACAGAUGCUUCAAUUCACCGUGCGACAGUUGGCUGAGGUGGAGAACAACAUGAAUGCUACCGAACGACUGCAUUAUUAUGGCACUGAGUUGGAACAAGAAGCGCCUCUGAAGCUGAGAGACGUUCCAGACUCGUGGCCCGACCAGGGCGCAAUCUUGUUCAACAAGGUGGAAAUGCGCUAUCGACCAGAAUUGCCCCUGGUGCUGAAGGGGUUGGACUUUCAGAUUGCCGGCGGAGAGAGAAUCGGGAUCGUAGGACGGACGGGAGCUGGCAAGUCGUCCAUCAUGUCAGCACUCUUCCGAUUGACUGAGCUGUCGGGGGGACAAAUCAAGAUCGACGGCAUUGACAUUGCAAGUGUCGGACUGUAUGAUCUGCGGUCGCGACUAGCCAUCAUCCCCCAGGAUCCGACCUUGUUCCGAGGGACUAUCCGAUCUAAUCUUGAUCCCUUUAGACAGCAUUCCGACCUUGAGCUAUGGGGAGCUCUCCGCAAGGCGGAUCUGGUGGGCGAAGAGAUGUCUCCUACGGGUACGGAGAAAAAUGCUCGACCUCAAACCACCGAAACUGCGGCCACAUCCACAUCGAAUGUCAAUGCAGCACCGGGCCCAGGUCGAAUCCAGUUGGACAGUCCGGUUGAAGACGAAGGGCUGAACUUUUCUCUGGGCCAGCGACAGUUGAUGGCGUUGGCUCGUGCCCUGGUCCGAAACUCGCAAAUCAUCAUCUGUGACGAGGCGACGUCGUCGGUGGAUUUCGAAACGGACGAGAAGAUCCAGCGGACAAUGCGGACCGCAUUUGCCGGCAAGACGGUGCUUUGCAUUGCGCACCGGCUGAAGACCAUCAUCAACUAUGAUAGGAUCUGUGUGAUGGACCAGGGCCGUAUUGCAGAGCUCGACACCCCCUUGCGUCUAUUCGAGGCGAAUGGCAUAUUCCGGAGCAUGUGCGACAAAAGCCAUAUUGUGAGGGAGGACUUUUUCCGAGAAGGUUAG